AUGGGUCCUUGUACGCCAAAUCCAUGCGAAAAUGGAGGAACCUGCUUGGAUAUUUCCAACUCUUACCAGUGCAUGUGUAAAAGUGCUUACACUGGUCUUAAAUGUGAAAAGAAAGUUACUUGCGGUACAAAUCCAUGCAAAAAUGGCGGCUCAUGUCACAUGGUCAACGAAGACUAUGAAUGCAAAUGCAAAUCGCCUUACUCAGGAAAUUUCUGUGAGAAAGAUCCCUGUACGACAAAUCCUUGUCAGAACGGCGGUAAAUGUCACGCUACUACGAGUGGUUAUACAUGUUCCUGCAAGAAACCAUACUCUGGACAUUUGUGUGAAAAAAGUCCUUGCAACCCAAAUCCUUGCCAGAACGGAGGUACAUGCACUAGAGUAAUGAAUGAUUACUUUUGCUUAUGUUCAUACCCUUAUUCAGGAAAAAAUUGUGAAGAAG